UGGUCUCCUGAGUGUUCUGCCUGUACUUGGUGGUGAGGGGUUUUGAAGCAAAAUGACCCAUUGUCUCUCCCAUCCUGCCUCUGAGCCUGAGCAGUGAAACGAUGCCUCUGGAUGCCCGCCCAGGAUGAGCUACCAUUAAGUACAGAAUAAGCUUCUGCUUUACCCUUCAUGGACAGUUAUCAAUAAGACGGAAAAGGUCAGGACAUUAGGAUGGAAGUGGUAUUCCAUGGAUCAGACUGUGCAGGGGAUAUCUAGAGAGGGCACAGGAGACCUUCAGGAUGGGAAAUGCAUGUACAACUUUUCCAGACUCUAGUUGAAAAGCUUGUUAGAGCAACAUGAGCUGGAGCUUUCUCACUCGUCUCCUGGAAGAGAUCCACCAUCACUCCACCUUUGUGGGGAAAGUGUGGCUGACGGUGCUCAUCAUCUUCCGCAUUGUGCUCACAGCGGUGGGAGGCGAGUCCAUCUACUCGGACGAGCAGACCAAGUUCACCUGCAACACCAAGCAGCCAGGAUGUGACAACGUAUGCUACGAUGCAUUUGCCCCUCUCUCGCAUGUCCGCUUCUGGGUCUUCCAGAUCAUUAUGAUCUCCACUCCUUCUAUCAUGUAUGUGGGUUACGCCAUCCACAAAAUAGCCCGAAUUACAGAGGAGGAUCGCAGGAAGCACCACAGGCUCCGCAAAAAGCCUCCUCCUCACUCCAGAUGGAGAGAAAGCCACCAUCUGGAGGAUGUCUUAGAGGAGGAUGAAGAUGACGAUGCUGAGCCCAUGAUCUACGACGAUACACUGGAGGUGCGAGGGGCCAAGCCUGAACCAGUGAGCAGCACUAGCAAAGACCCACCAAAACAUGAUGGCCGCCGAAGAAUUAUGCAAGAAGGCCUGAUGAGAAUCUAUGUUCUUCAGCUCAUGUCACGAGCUAUUUUUGAAAUCGCUUUCCUCGCAGGACAGUAUCUCCUGUACGGGUUUCGAGUUAAUCCUUCAUAUCUAUGCAACAGGGUGCCCUGUCCACAUAGAGUGGACUGUUUCAUCUCUAGGCCCACAGAGAAAACUAUCUUCCUCCUCAUCAUGUAUGUGGUAAGCUGUCUUUGUCUAGUGCUAAAUGUGUGUGAGAUGCUUCACUUGGGAAUUGGCACUUUUCGGGACACCCUUCGCAUGAAGAGGAACCGGGGCCGACGGAUGUCCUACGGCUACCCGUUUUCUCGGAACAUCCCAGCCUCCCCUCCGGGGUACAACCUUGUGAUGAAGACAGACAAACCUAGCAGGAUCCCAAACAGCCUCAUCACCCACGAGCAGAACAUGGCCAACGUGGCCCAGGAACAGCAGUGCAUCAGCCCAGAUGAGAACAUCCCUUCUGAUUUGGCGAGCCUACACCGGCAUCUACGUGUGGCCCAGGAACAGCUGGAUAUGGCCUUUCAAACAUAUCAAACCAAAAACAUCCAGCAAACCUCCAGAACCAGCAGUCCUGUAUCCGGGGGCACUAUGGCGGAGCAAAAUCGAGUCAAUACAGUCCAGGAGAAACAAGGAGCGAGGCCAAAAUUAGCCACAGAGAAGGCAGCAACUAUUGUAAAAAAUGGAAAGACGUCUGUCUGGAUCUAGAGAUAAAUUAAAUGUAGUAAUUUAACAGUAAAAACUUUUAGGACUCCAGGACUGCACUGUGACACCGCUGGAGGAUGUGCAUGUGUGUGUGUGUGUGUGUGUGUGUGUGUGUGUGUGUGUGUGUGUGUGUGUGUGUGUGUGUGUGUGUGUGUGUAUGUGUGUGUGUGUGUGUGUGUGUGUGUGUGUGUGUGUGUGUGUGUGUGAGAGAGAGAUGCGACUUCGGACAAUAACAAUUUUGAAUUUCAAUCACUCCAGCUGAAGGAGUACAGUAAACAGUUUUGGGGAAUUUAAAAGAAAACACACAUUAUCAAAUCCGGCAUCACAAAUCUUCCUUUUUACUGUAGUGUGUCAUUUUGUGCUUGCCAUAGCUUCUGGACAUGAUUAACAUGUGCUUACUUAGCUAAACAUCUCUAAUUUCAGCUAAAAUGUCAAAGUAUAAACAGACUGCUUCGGGCUAUUUAUCUGAUCUACCCUUGACUGCCGCUGAACUGGAUUAAUCUGAAGAAAUCUAACUUUGUAAGUGUGUGGUUGUACCCUACAUCUAAAUUGGAAAACACAGUGAAAAACACUGUAAAAAUGCACAAUGACUCAUUUCUGAAGAAUAAUGAUUAUUAUGCAUGUUUAUCAUUGGGAGAAGUAUUUUUGGAUGUAGUAUGGAUGAGUGUUGUUGGGAGCAGAUUAAAUGUGAAAUAUUUUGAUAAAGAUAAUGAAACCGGGCUGUGUCACUGUAGGCUCUUCUGGUAGACAUCUGCUCAGUGUGAUGAUCUUCAGUCAUUGUGUGCAAAGCCUUUAUCUAUUCUGCGUUUUCCAAAGCCGUGCAGUGUCACGUUUGAAGGGGAAAAGGUAAGUGAAAAGAAAAUCGGAUUCUUUUCUAAACUAAAUAUUGAUUUUCUGCAAUCUGAAGCAGAUGAUGCAUGCUUUACAACUGGGAACAUACACAUAGGCUACAGUAGAAAUCCCAUCCUUAGCUAUUAAAUUAGCUCUACAUUUAUCUUAUGUUUAGGCAUGCUAGGUCUUGAAGAUGACCGUUUAAGUUUUUCUGUCAUUGAAGCAGUAUGUUUCUAAAAUUGGUUUCUGAGUAAUAUUUAAUCCUGCCUUCACUGUUGUCGAAACUUCAAAAGUGCCUCGAACUUUUAAAGACUGUUCUCCUAUUUUAUUCAUGAAGAAAUAAACUUAUUUGAAACCUC